GUUAGACAAAGUAGCUGACCUUUAAAGGCUAUAUGAAUCCAUUUCAACAUGGCGGUUGUGCGCUUCGAACUGGUUCUGCCGUUGUUCCUUAUCCUACAGACGGCGUCUGUUUGUAGAAGUGUCCCGGUAGUGACCGAUGUCCGGAUGUCCGCUGAGGGGAGCAUGCGACACAUUACAGUGAGUUAUGAAGCGGAACACCAACCUACCGUGCUAUGGAAGGUCUGCAGUUUUGUCGGCUAUUUUGACAACACAACCAAUAACUUCACUGGAUCGGAAGGGCAAGCAAUGCUUCAUUUGUUCAUGGAAGAUUAUGCAAUUAACAUCCAGACCUUCAUCUAUGGAGACAGCUACCAAAUAGAACUGAUAUUUAACAAGGAAGUCAUUCUAAACGGCUCAUUAGAACAAAACACCAUCAACCCUUUGGUGUUCAGAUCUCAGCCCGAUGGUCUCAUCACUUUUGACAAAGGCGAACUUGUUGACAUUGAUCUGUCUCUUGAGUCCGAGACUCUUGGGUCGCUCGAAAUGGAUUACACUGUCGGAAUACUAUCCUCGUUUGAUUAUAAAUCGCUCCCUCCAACUGAAACUCGCAUACAUUCUUCUAAAUCAGAAAGCCACCGGUCUUUUAGGAGAAACUCAUUUAUCUUACCGGCUCUGAACAUCACACGCGCGUCGACUAUAGAGCAUACAUUGGCGCGUAUUAACACAUCCUUCCCCUACACGGAAGGAGAGAUAAGACUCGUGGUCGCAUUAAGAGUUGACUCUGCAUAUAACCUUCUUAAUAGCAUCAAACUCAGGCACUGGGUAUAUCUGAAGAAUCGAAGACACGUUUCUCCUUUUCAGAGCAGUGUGAGUUUUGUUUUUAGUGAACUCGAAAGGAAUCCAGAAUACAUUAAUUCGAGAUGGCCUCACACCCAUGCGGAUGCCAUGGGCUAUCCUAAACCGGUUCUGAAGCUAUUCCGAGAUUGUCGCGAGAUUACGGAGCAGGAAGUGGAGACUAUCACCACCGGAACCCGUUACCGUACCCAAACCUUGUUCCGGUUCAAGAACAUUACAGAUAGUUUGGAGGGAGCCUAUUACGUUAGCGCGUCGAACGGGGAAGGCGAAGUCACCAAGAUGUACUAUAUCGAAAUAGUGUGAUAGUGUACCGUUCGGCGAUGUUGAUGAUAAUCUGUGAGCAUUUAAUAUGCACUGGAGAUACAAAAAGUAUCUUAUGAUAAUCUGUAAGCAUUGUAUAUGCACUGAAAUUACAUAAAUUAUGUUAUGAUAAUCUGUAAGCAUUCUGUAUGCACCGAUUUGAAUAAAUAAAUUCAAGAUAA